GGAAGCCAAGGCGGUUCCACUGCAACGUGCUUUUUUCAACUUUCGUUUUAACUUUUUAUUUUUCUCGUGAUACUUAAACGCCGAGUAUAAAAUAGCCUGUAUGUCGUCGAAGCGAAAUAGUUUAAAUGUAUUAUUAGCAUACAAAUACGGUGACAAGUUGUUCAUGCAAAACUUUUACAUGAAGCUGUUUUCUUGAAAUAUAUGCACAGUGAGGUGAGCGUCAAGCGGAAAAGUGCUUCGUCAUUCACCGAGCUGGUUUCAAUGAACUUGUGAGGGUGGAUCCAGGAAGCGGACUGUGAUUGGAUGUGCAGAAGCAGGCGGGCCUGUCCGAAGGCUGCAACAUCUGGAAACGCUUCCAGAUGUUGCUCACUCAGUACUACUCACCGAGAUUCAACACUACCUCAGGAGAGAAAAUGUCUUUUCUAAAAGUAGAUGCAGCAUCCGAUUUCUCGUUCCACAAUCUACCAUAUGGCAUAUUUUCCACAUUGGAUAAUCCCAAACGUCGCAUUGGGGUGGCCAUUGGAGACCAGAUACUGGACCUGAGUGUGAUGCUCUCGCUGUUCCAAGGACCUGUGAUGUCCAAACACCAGGAUGUUUUUCAACAGCCUACACUAAAUGCUUUCAUGGCUCUUGGAUAUGAAGCGUGGAAGGAGACCCGGAGUACUUUGCAGUUUUUGCUCUCAGCCAAUGAGAGCAUUCUGAGAGAUAACAGUGCUCUGCGCAGUAGAGCUUUUGUCCCUCAGAGUGCAGCCAUAAUGCAUCUUCCUGCAGAUAUUGGUGAUUACACUGACUUUUACUCAUCCAGGGAUCAUGCAACUAACGUUGGCACCAUGUUUCGGGGAAAGGAAAAUGCUCUGAUGCCAAACUGGUUGAGGCUUCCCGUGGGAUAUCAUGGUAGAGCAUCAUCAGUGGUUGUUACUGGCACCCCCAUUCGUCGGCCCUCGGGGCAGAUGAGACCUGAUCAGACAAAACCUCCUGUGUUUGGCCCGUCAAAGCAAUUGGACAUUGAGUUGGAGAUGGCUUUCUUUGUUGGUGGAGGGAAUUUGCUUGGGGAGCCAAUCCCCAUUGAGAAAGCCCAUGAACACAUCUUCGGCAUGGUACUCAUGAACGAUUGGAGCGCUCGCGACAUCCAAUCUUGGGAGUAUGUUCCUUUGGGUCCAUUCUUGGGGAAGAACUUUGGAACAACCAUCUCACCUUGGGUGGUCCCCAUGGAGGCCUUGUUACCCUUUGCAGAGCCUAAUCCCAUUCAGGAUCCACAGCCCCUCCCUUACCUCCGACAUGAAGAUGCUUACACUUUCAACAUCAAUCUGUUUGUAUCACUAAAAGGGCAUCUUAUGAAAGACUCUUCAACCAUCUGCAAUUCAAACUUCAAGUAUAUGUACUGGACAAUGAAACAGCAGCUCGCUCAUCACACAGUCAAUGGGUGCAACAUCAGACCUGGAGACCUGCUGGCUUCUGGUACCAUUAGUGGACCUGAUCCACAGAGUUUUGGCUCCAUGUUGGAACUAUCAUGGAGGGGAUCCAAGAGCAUUGAUCUUGGCGGAGGAGAAACCAGAACCUUCCUCCGGGAUGGAGAUGAAGUCACCAUUACAGGUCAUUGUGUAAGAGAUGGUUACAGGGUGGGCUUUGGGUCCUGCACUGGAGUCAUCCUCCCUGCCCUGCAACACUGAAACCCCUAGAGUGUUUUGUGUUGCUUUAUGGAAAAUAAAUCAUUGAAACAUACUAUAUGACACACUUUCUUUCACCCGCUGCUCAUAUGACAUGAUAUGAGCCUCAGUUAAUUAUUAAUGCUCAUUUCUCAGAACUCAAUAGAGCGAUAGUGACCUUGUUACUGGAAUCCUCUGAAAUAUUCAUCCAACUGUUUAAUCAUGUUCAAGUGUUACUGCUGUACCAAAAUCAGUAUUAUGGAGAUUUUCAAUCUGUUGUUUCUCGAUUAAUAAUUAAAGCAUCCAUUUUUGAUCUCA